AUGAAGUGGGCUACCACAAAUUUGAGGGAGCACUUCUUUGGCCUCAUAAGAACUACAUCACAGUGUGAGAGAAUUCAUUCAUUAUUGAAGAACUAUGUUGACAAUAAAAUCAAUCUCCUUGAAUUCAUGCAUAAAUUCAAUGAAGUACUAAGACAUUACCGAAACAACCAUCUUACUGUUGACUUUGAAACCUUUUAUAAGUUUUUUGUUUUGACUACGUGCUUGGAAAGUUUUGAGAAACAAGCUGCUGAACUUUAUACUAGAAAUAUUUUUAAACUUGUGAAAGAUGAGAUAGAAGCAGCAGGUGCCUUAAAUGUGACUGAAUACCCAAACAGUGGAGACAUUGUUGAGUACAACACGAGUGAGUAUUUUACUCAGCAAUGGCAAUUUAAAGUAUCUUACAAUAAAGACAAGGAUCUGUUUGCGUGUGAGUGCAGGCUAUUUGAGACUCGUGGAUUACCGUGCUCCCACAUCUUUGGGGUCUUGAAGCAUCGGAAAGCAAAAUGCGUCCCUACAUCUCUUAUCUUGAAAAGCUGGACAAGAGAAGCAAAGAGUGAUUUUAUAUGCUCAAUUGGCAAGCAAGACUCCGCUGAUGAUAUAGUGCACACACUUAGAUGCGGUGCAAUGGCCUCAAUUUGUUGGAAGCUUUGUGAUAUUUCUUCAAAAAAUUCAGCCGACUAUAGGAAAAUCUCAAGUGAGUUACUUAAGCUAAUUUCGAAGGUGCAAAAUAAAAGUGAUGCACAAGCGAGGCUUUCCCCCACGUCAGCGCUAAUAGGUGAUCUAGUUGUUGUUAAGUCAAAAGGUGCUCCAAGAAAGGUUCCGAAAGGCCAAAAAAGGCGAAGAUGUUCACAUUCUAAGUCAAGAAAGCAUUUCAUCAGGACAUGUCCAUUACUAGUCAACGAGGACUCACCUGCUGAAUACUCAAAUACAGAAGAUAAACUAACGCAAGUUGAAGAAUGUGAUUCUAGCAAGCAGACUCGUUCUCAGGACACAAGAUCAGUAGAAAAUUCACCCUUGCACAAUAAUAAUAAUUUCAAAGCUAGUGAAAGCAAGAAGUUUGUAUCUAAAUUGACAGCAACACCGAAGAUUAGAGCAGCUGGCAGAAAAGGUCGACAGAAGACCGAAGAGAUCACUGUAACUCAAGAAACAUUAAAAGAAAAGACGAACACACCAGAAAUAGUAGUGUCGGAAGUUACAGGUACAUCCACAACCAAAAUACCAGGAUUGCCGCAAUAUCCCAUGCAUCAUUAUCCAGUGGUCCAUCCUUAUCGACGUUAUGGUGGAGUCCUCCCCAUUCCAUUUCAUCCUAUUCAAAAUGGCACGGCGUACUUCAACCUUUAUCCUUCGACUGCCGGAAUUACAUCAUAUCCUCAGUGUUCCCAUGUCUCGCCUUAUUCUAGUGGACCCAGUGAUACGAAUACAUGGGUUGGACUUUUGCAUGAUGUCAUCAACAGCAAAAAGCCAUAG